AAAACAUUCUAUAGCAUGUACCUAGUUUUACAUGGUAUCAGAGACAAACACUUAAAAAAAAACUUGAAAAAAUGUCUGAAGAUACGAAGGCUAUCGAGAAAGCAGAGACCUCAAGGACAAUUACUCCGGCGUUCCAACUGGCAGCAACUGAGAACCAUGGUGCGAUCAUAGCGCAGAUGUUAUGGGAAGAUAUGGCGAAUUAUGACAAGGUGGUGGCAUGCAAGUGUGGAAGAUGUUCUUACAACAUCAACACCGAACUGGAGAAGAAGCGAGAAGACGAUCGGAUUCACCAAUUUCUUCUCGAACUUGAUACCGCGGUGUACGGAGGAGUGAGAACAUCGAUCGUGACCACAGAUCCUCUUCCAAACAUGAAUCAAGUCUAUUCCAAGAAAAUUGGACAUACCUCUGAUACUUGCUUCCAAGUUAUCGGGUACCCGGAGUGGUGGCCUGAAAAACCGCGUAACAAUGGAGGAGUUGGACGUGGUGGAAGAAGACAAGGAGUGGGGAGAGGACAUGGAGUAAUGGCUCGUGCAAAUGUCAUGGUUGCAGGGAAUGGACCAGAGACGAGCGUGGAGGCUGAGAAAAUGACUUCGGGAACAGAAAAUGACAUUUCUGAUUUUGGUUGGGAAGAAGAAGAAGUGUUGGAAGACACAACACAUAAACCACUUGUGGUGAAUGAUGAGAAUGUUGGAGAAGAGAGAGUUUCAACCGAGGAUACACAUGGGUCUGUUGAAACAGAGAACCAUGAAACAGAGGAAGAAACAGAAGAGAUUGAGACUGAUCAUGAUGAAGAAGUACCGCAAGCAGAGGCUGUUAAUGAUAGUAAGUCAGAUACUGAAGAUGAUGCACCUGUUGUAAGAUUCGGGCCUGGUUUGAGAGAAACGAAACUUCUUGCUAAGUUUCAAGAUUAUGUGAUGAACACUAUCAUCAAGGAACACGGAGGACGAUCGGAGUACGAAGCAAUGCUUGGGCUUUCUUACGGUGAGCUCUUACUCAUCAUCGGCGCCACAGCUGCUGUUGUAGGACCCAAGGAUCUUCCGAUUAUUGCUAGAGCAGGAGGAAGAUUAUUCGGACGAGCCAUUGGUUACAUCAAUAUGGCUCGUGGUCACUUGGAUGGUGUCAUGAAACAACCUCAGAUGCAAGAGAUAUCGAAAGAAGUUCAAGAUUUACGAGCACAAGUAGACGCGAUUAGCCAUGGAGCUAGGUUUUCUCUAUUUGAUUCUAGUCCUUUGACUCGAAGAGUAGACAACCAAACUCCAGAACCUAGUCCAAGCACCACCAAUGGGAAUGUUACAUCGGUUAAUGUUGAAGAAAGACAGAAGCCUGUAGAUCAUUAUACAAAGGCUCAAGAAUUUAGUGGCUCGUCCUCGGCUUCAGUUAAUCUGCACGCUCAAGCAACAUCAUUUGCACGAUUAUCUGAGACUGUCAGUGGAAAAACCAACACUCUAAGCAGUGAUUCACCUGUUCUUCCUGUUUCAGCUGAGAUGGCAAAGUUGCUUCCUCAACGCAAAGAGAGUGCAAGAGGAUCUGAUUUAAUGUUGGAGGCAGUUCUUGAAGCGGAAGUAGCACACAAGGCGAAAAGCUUUUUCGCACAAGCCGAAAAAGAAACUCCAGCUUUAAAAGGGAAGUUUUUCAGUGAAGGGAAAGGAGAAAGUUGAAGACUUGAAGUCAAAGUUUUGGCCUUUUGGGGAUCUUCGAUCACAAGACACUGGGCUACGUAGCGUCAAACGAGUGGGCCUUGUUAUUUAAGUGGGCUUUUUUGUUAAAUGGGCGAAAGCCUGACUUUGGUUUCUGUUGCGGUAACAAGUGAUCUAGACUUGGUCGAAAUCAGUGCACUCUUUGAUCUUGUAAUUAGUGCUGCGGCUUCAUAAAUAUUGUUGAGAGUG